GGUUGUUAAUGGGUUUUGUUCGUACUCCAAUGGAGCGAGUCCUAACCCAAACCAACAAGGUUCAUUAGCUCCUGAGCAAUAUUCCAUCGGUUUACUCCAAACCGGGUUACUCCAUUGGAGCAACCCAGACCAAAGCUCCAGUUUGAGUGAUAGUAAACUCACUCCAGAUUUGGGUUGGGUUCACUCCGGAGUGCGCUACUCCAUUAACAACCCUAACAAAAGGGCAUGA